CGUGCGGUUGUAUCUCGCGAUCGAAGCGGUAUCGAAGAAAUAGUCAAACAAUCGCGCGAAUCGCUGGCCAGAAGUUUUGAAAUUCAAUUAUCAAAUUCAUUUAACUCAGCCAUGAUUUUCAGACAGCUAAACCACAAUUAAGGCCUACGGAAAAGUUCGUUUAUCUGAGUAAUACAAACAAAGAUACAUAGAUACAGUUCUCUAUUGGCCCGCCUGCUGAUUAUGAUAUCAAUAUCAUAUUAACCGGAAAACUAAUUGCCUUAGGCAGUGAAAAAUAUAUGAUAGGAAAACAGACAGCCCCAUUAAAUGAGUAUUAAUUAAUUCAUGCACUACACAAAAAGCGCAUUUAAAUCCAUCAGGAGGCUAAUUAAUUUUUGUGGGAUUGCAAUGCUGCCCGGGAGACCCUGAAGAUGUACGGCACUACAUAAACAAGGAAACGUCGAACUAAAGUGCAAGGUUUAGGGGAUACAGUAUCCUCGUUAGGACAGAUAACCGAAACAAAGAGAUAGCGCCAUGGCAAUGGAUCUAAUCGAGACGGAAUCCCGCCUGGAGUUCUUGCCAGGAGCCGAGGAGGAAGCGGAAUUCGAGCGGUUGUACGCGGCCCCCGCUGAGAUUGUGGCCCUGCUGUCCAUCUUCUAUGGAGGGAUCAGCAUCGUGGCUGUCAUUGGCAAUACCUUGGUCAUCUGGGUGGUGGCCACCACGAGGCAGAUGCGCACGGUGACGAAUAUGUACAUCGCUAAUUUGGCCUUUGCCGAUGUGAUUAUUGGCCUCUUCUGCAUACCAUUUCAGUUCCAGGCGGCACUCCUACAGAGUUGGAACCUGCCGUGGUUCAUGUGCAGCUUCUGCCCCUUCGUCCAGGCCCUGAGUGUCAAUGUCUCCGUGUUCACGCUGACCGCCAUUGCAAUCGACCGACAUCGGGCCAUCAUCAAUCCACUCAGGGCACGUCCCACAAAGUUCAUAUCCAAGUUCAUAAUUGGCGGAAUUUGGAUGCUGGCCCUGCUGUUUGCCGUGCCCUUUGCCAUCGCAUUUCGGGUUGAGAAGUUGACCGAGAGGUUUCGUGAGAACAAUGAGACCUUCAAUGUGACGCGACCAUUCUGCACGAACAAAAACCUGUCCGAUGAUCAAUUGCAGUCCUUUCGCUACACCCUGGUCUUUGUCCAGUAUCUGGUUCCAUUCUGUGUCAUCAGCUUUGUCUACAUCCAGAUGGCGGUCCGUUUGUGGGGCACUCGUGCCCCGGGCAAUGCACAGGAUUCACGGGACAUCACCCUGCUGAAAAACAAGAAAAAGGUCAUCAAAAUGCUGAUUAUCGUGGUCGUUAUCUUCGGACUCUGCUGGCUGCCACUGCAGCUCUAUAAUAUUCUGUAUGUUACCAUACCGGAAAUCAACGACUAUCACUUCAUUAGCAUCGUCUGGUUCUGCUGCGACUGGCUGGCCAUGAGCAAUAGUUGCUACAAUCCCUUUAUUUAUGGCAUCUACAACGAAAAAUUCAAGAGAGAAUUUAAUAAGCGGUUCGCCGCCUGCUUCUGCAAGUUCCAGACGAGCCUGGACGCUCACGAGAGGACCUUCUCGAUGCACACUCGCGCCAGCUCCAUCAGGUCGACCUACGCCAACUCCUCCAUGCGGAUACGGAGUAAUCUCUUCGGUCCGGCCCGGGGCGGGGUCAACAAUGGCAAGACUGGUUUGCAUAUGCCCCGAGUGCACGGCAGUGCUGUUAACAGCGGCGCUUACAACGGAAGUGGUGGGCAGAACAACAAUGUCCAGGGUCACCAUUACCAGCAUCAAAGUGUGGUUACCUUUGCUGCGGCUCCAGGUGUUUUGGGCACGGCAGCUGGGGGUGCGAGCGGUGGUGGUUGUGCCUCAAUGCCGCCGUGGCGCCGCAACAAUUUCAAGCCCCUGCAUCCGAAUGUGAUCGAAUGCGAGGACGACAUGGCACUCAUGGAGCUGCCGUCGACGACGCCGCCCAGCGAGGAGCUGGCCUCCGGGGCAGGUGUCCAGUUGGCGCUGCUCAGCAGGGAGAGCUCCAGCUGUAUUUGCGAACAGGAGUUUGGCAGCCAGACGGAGUGCGAUGGCACCUGCAUACUCAGCGAGGUGUCGCGAGUCCACCAGCCGGGCUCCCAGGGCAAGGAGAAAGAGGGGGGCAAGAGCCUGUGGCAACCGCUUUAAAUUUAGCUAGAGUGAUUUAAGUUAUAGCCGUGUUCCAAUGGCACAAUCGGGGAACAAAUAUAUGAUGGGCGGGGGAGGAAUACAAGCCACUUAGGAAAAAGCCUAUAAAAUCCCUUAUAAAUAAUAAAUUCCAGUAGAUUGUAGAGUAAAGUCUAGAGGAAUCCAUUAAAGCCAUAUGUCUUUGUAAAUAUUUUUCACUUAAGUUAUUUCCCCUUAUAAGUAGUGCCAUUGGAACACGCCUAUUAACCUCUGUGAUUUCGUCUUAAUGAAUUGUGAUUACAAGUCCCAUUGCUGAUAGUUGGUUCGCAGAGGGAGAUGUAUGGAAUGAGUGUGAAUGCUGGUCGUGAGUCAUGUACAGUAUUAUAAAUAAUUGUAACUCCAAAUUACGUUCCUUAAAGCAUAAUAUGUAUAUUUCAGCUUUAAACACGCAGAACUUUGUCCAACAACAUUGUGUUAAAUCGAUUGUUUAAGGUUCUUUCAAAGCCAAAAUUCAGCAACAAAGAAAAACUUACAUAAGCACCUGAAAUCAAUUAAGUAGCUUUAAAUUAAAUUAUUAAAAUAGUUGUUUAACAAAACUCCGAUUAUGUAUUAAACCUACAAAAGCACGCAGCUGGAAGUACGCAAAUGGGAUGAACAAUAUUUGUCGUUAAAAAAACAGAAAGGCUAAUUAAUGUAAUUACUAUUGUAUUAAAUUACCAAACGAAUAAACAUUUCGAGUCA